UGCUGCGACGACUGUCGGAAGUGCUAUGGAAAAUUCCCUGAAGGCUAUCCACCUCCGCUGCCUGCUCCUCAGCCUCCUCCUGUGCAACCGCACCCAAUACCAUUGCCACAGCCUCCUGUACCAUCAAAGCCCUUCCCGCCACUUACUACCCUUCCCACUGGACCUCCAGCCUCUCCACUACCACCAGUCACUUACCCACCCUCUCCACUACCACCAAUCACUUACUCGCCUAUAUCUCCACUACCGCCAAUUACUUACCCACCUAUCACCUACCCACCAGUAUCAGGUUCAUAUAUAGUUCCCACUAUUCCACCGGCUCCACCUCCACCACCUCCUCCCCCUCCACCUCCAUCGCCACCGCCACCACUACCGCCACUGCCACCUCCGCCGCCGCCGCCUCCUCCUCCCCCUCCUCCUAGUCCACCCCCUCCACUCUUUCCACCACCUCCUCCACCACCUCCCCUCCCAUCUCCUCCAAUUCCUCCACCAUCUCCUCCGACAGGGUAUAUCACUAUGCCUCCUCCUCUUCCCCCAACUCCUUUAUUGCCUACUCCAUCACCUCCUUCACCCGGCUACAUCACCAAACCUUCAGUGCCGUUUUAUCCAACAGGACCACAACCUACUGGAUACCUCACGCCUCCAUCUUUGCCGCCUUGUACACCAGGGAAAUGGUCAGAGUGUUGUUUUACUGCAUAUUGUCAUGGCUGA